GCCAAGUUGCGCAGCAGCCAAACAGCUGAGACACGAGACGAUUAAAAUUGAAACAAAAUAACGUGCGUCGAGCACGUGGUUUAAUUCGUUAAAAUCGAACGGCAAGUAAAGUGACAAUAUUCGGUAUUAAUCAAUAAUUAGAUCGCGAGGCAAAUGACGGUUCAAGAAAUGGACAUAUCCUUGAACAUUUCGUCCUCUCCGGUCGCUGGUAAAGUGAAAAAGGUCGCGGGAUACAAAAAGGAGUUUUUCAAACCACAGUUUAAACGAGAAGCGAAAAAGAUUGCGCGUGACAAGGCGAGGGCCGAAUCUACAGCUCCUGGUCCUAAACAGAGAGUCAAGCAGAAAUCACUCGCAGCUAUCGUAAGCAGGAAUUUGGGCCAAGUUGGAGACGCCAAAGCUUUUUCUAAAACAGAGACACCUCUGGAGCCUGAUAAACCAAAGUCUCAACUUAAACAGGCUAUAGAUUUAGGCUCGAAGAGCCAGGAUCAGGAACCGAUCGUUUCGUUUGCCAAACCUGGGAAGAAAACUGGAAUCAAAACAAUUUUAGCUAAGAGGCGAGAGACGGGGGAAUGUAAAGAGAAAAAGUCGCUCGAUGAUAUAUUUGGAAAGAAGUCGAGUCCCGUUACAAUCUCUUUGCCUGGUAAAAUCGAAACUCCGGGUUUUCAUAGCGCCAAGAGAAAGUUCGGCGACGCUCAGGGAAUCGUCGACUCGAAAGGCCAGUGGAAAAAGGGCAAGUUCGAUUACGCGACAAAUCUACAAGCUGGAAACGCGGCGAGAAAAAAAGUCGGCUUCAAGAAUGCCGUCGAAAAUGCAAACGUCAAAGCUGUGCCAAACAGAGGCGGUAGUUCCGGAAAGAUUUCAUCUUUGUUUGGGAAUAAUCCUGAGAUACCGAACCUUGGGCAAAGGUUCGUCGAGCCUGUGAACGAAGCAGUUUUCAGCGGUACUAAAUUCGUGGACUUCGAUCUUCAUCCAUUCACGAUUUCUAACUUGGAACAGAACAUGCAGAUAACUAAAUUAACUACCGUCCAACAAAAAGCUAUCCCUAAAAUAUUGUCGGGGAAAGAUGUUCUCGUUCGGUCUCAGACUGGUUCUGGCAAAACGUUGGCAUACGCGCUACCCAUCGUUGAAUCGCUUCACAAAGUGAGACCAAAACUUACGCGGGACAGUGGCUUACGUGCUUUAGUCAUUGUGCCGACGAGGGAACUCGCCCUGCAGACUUACGAGUGUUUUUUGAAGCUUAUAAAACCAUUCACUUGGAUCGUACCGGGAUAUUUAGUGGGCGGUGAAAAACGCAAAGCGGAAAAAGCUAGGCUGAGAAAAGGGUGUAAUCUUCUUGUCGCUACACCCGGUAGGCUGCUGGAUCACGUCAAACAUACGGAAGCGCUAAGGCUGCACGAUGUUCAAUGUUUCGUUUUAGACGAGGCUGACAGAAUGCUCGAUAUGGGAUAUGAAAAAGAUAUUUCCGGCAUCGUUUCUGCCCUGGAAGAGCAAAAAGGUUUGCCAAGAUUUGGUGUAAAGAAGUAUGUAAAAAUCGAGACGGAUAAUUCGGGUUACAAUCCAUUGGCGAUGCUUCGUCAAAAUGGCAAGAAAACAUUCACCGACGAGGACGUAGACUCAAUGUUAACGGAAACGAGUAAAAUCGUCGAGAAAGAGGAUUCCAGUUUCCCGGUCCCAGAACCGCCGUCGAAUACCGUUAAUGCCCAGAAAACGAAACCGUCGAACGUCACCGUCGAUUCUGAAGUCGAGGAGAACGACGUCGAAGACGAGGAUGACGACGAGCUUACGACGAGGCGCGAAUAUCACUCGGGGACGGACAGCGACAUCGAGAAGGAGGGACAAGAGUUUCCAAUCAGAAACGAGGGGAACAAACGGAAGAAACUUUUGCCUUUCUCGCUUCGCGAUAAGACCAGGAUCAUCGCCUCGCGGCACAAAAUAAAUCAAACGGUCGAAUCGGAGUCGGAAUCGAACGAUUCGAACGAUUCGAACGAUUCGAACGGUGAAAAACAUCCGAAGGAGAGUUGCGAGGCGGUGGAAACGACGGUGAAAAAUCAGAGCAGAAGACAGACAAUUCUAGUUUCAGCAACUUUGACUCAGGCGGUUGAAAAAUUGGCGGGACUCACGAUGGACAAUCCGAUUAUCGUCGAUGCGGCGAAAGAAAAUUUGAUCAAAUCUGGCGGUAAUGUCGCCGAAAUAAAUGAGGAUCUGAUCGUUCCGCAGAGCGUCAAUCAAACCUACGUUGUAACUCCUCCCAAAUUGAGAUUGGUCAGCUUGAGUGCCUACGUAGCUGGCAAGUGUCAGGCCGCGGGACAGCACAAGAUUUUAGUGUUCAUGGCGACACAAGACAUGGUUGAUUAUCACGCCGAAAUCCUUACCUCCGUGCUCUGCAAGCAGUCCGACGAGGACGACGAAGACUCCGAGCCUUUGGUCGACGUUGAAUUCUUCAAACUCCAUGGAAACAUGACGCAGAAGGAACGGACCGAAGUUUUCAAAACGUUCAGGGCAGCCAAGAGCGGCGUUCUCCUCUGCACGGACGUCGCGGCUCGCGGUCUGGACUUGCCAAAGGUUGACAGCGUGGUCCAGUACACAGGUCCACUGUCGGCGAGGGACUACGUCCAUCGGGUGGGGAGAACAGCAAGAGCCGGAUCCUCAGGGAGCGCUGUGAUAUUCCUGACCCCGCCGGAAGUCGAGUUUGUCCGGAUGCUCGAGUCGCGAAGAGUACGUAUUCGCCAGGAGGACAUGACCAGCAUCCUGGAUAAACUGCUGGGUCCGAUUUCUCCGCACAAUAGUGUCCAAGCCGCCGCCACAGCUCUACAAAAUCAAUUUGAAACCCUGGUUCUGGAGGACAAGGAGAUGCACAGAAGAGCCUGCAAGGCUUACGUAUCCUGGAUCCGUUUUUACGCGAGCUACCCGAAAGACAUGCGGGAGAUAUUCGACAGGCGAGAACUUCAUCUUGGACAUUUUGCAAAGAGUUUCGGACUCCGAGAUCCUCCGCAAAAAAUUGGCGGUGUUGGAAAAACGAUUCAGGACAACGACGGCAAAAAGAAGAUUCACGAUAAUCGUCUAUCGAAUGAACGACCGAAAAAAAUCUUUACGAAGAAACAAGGAGGGGCUGGCCCUGGAUCAAAACCAAACGCCCUCAAGAAGGUCAGAAUGCUCAACACUUCCGAAUACGCCAGUGGAUUGGAGACUGUGAAGAAACUGAAGAAGUUUUGAGG